GAUCUUUCCUCUUCUUCAUCACACAGCAGAAAUGAAUGCUGCCAUUCCCCUCACCCAGAGGUUAGCAGGUAAGGUGGCACUAAUAACUGGUGGUGCCAGUGGCAUAGGCGCCUGCACUGCCAAGUUAUUUGUGAAACAUGGUGCCAAGGUCAUAGUGGCAGAUGUCCAAGACCAACUUGGGCGCUCCCUUUGCCAAGAAAUUGGUCCCGCAGAAACCGUUUUCGAUGUCCACUGCGAUGUAACAUGUGACUCCGACGUCCAAAACGCCGUCGACACUGCCAUAUCCAAAUAUGGGAAACUCGACAUCAUGUUCAGCAACGCCGGCGUCCAUGGCGAAAUGGAGUCAAGAAUCAUACUCUCUGAUAACACAAACUUUAAAAGGGUUUUCGAUGUGAAUGUGUAUGGGGCCUUCUUGGCCGCUAAGCAUGCCGCUAGAGUUAUGAUUCCAGCUAAGACAGGAUGCAUUAUAUUUACGUCAAGUGUGGCUUCAGUUGUUUCGGAGGAGAUCUCACAUGCAUACGUGGCAUCGAAGCAUGCUGUGGUGGGACUUGCCAACAACUUAUGUGUGGAGUUGGGACAAUAUGGGAUAAGAGUUAAUUGCAUAUCUCCGUUCGGAGUGGCAACACCUAUGUUACAGAAAGGAUUGGGAAUAAUGGAGAAGAGGAAGGUUGAAGAGUUAGUUUCCUCUGCGGCCAACCUAAAAGGUGUGGUGUUAGAGGCGGAAGACAUCGCAGAGGCAGCCUUGUAUCUGGGGAGCGAUGACUCCAAGUACGUUAGCGGGAUCAACUUGGUGGUGGAUGGCGGUUACAGCAUUACUAAUCCCUCUUUUGGAAUGGUAUUUAAAUCUCACUUGUCAUCAACCCAUCCAUCCCAAAACUAAAAUCAAUCCCUUCUUAAUUCUAUUUCCUAAUAAAUUAACCUAGUUUUGUCAACGUUCUCAUGUUCAUUGUUCAUGUUGUUUCUGAAAUUCACAUUGCGAACCAGGUUUUAUGGGAAUUUUUUGUAAUAAAAUACCAUUCAUCA